GCUGAAGCUGGCUGCAACUCCCCGCUGUCGCAGCUGAUGGUGUGCUGUAGUCAGACCUCCUAGAUGUCAAGGUUGUGCCUGAAGCUUCCCAAGCAUUGUCGAGCUCGUGUAUUUUUUUGAGGAUUGUCUUGCUGGUCCCAUCCUGUGUCUGUUUACUUUGUUCCAGGACAACGUCGAGUAUGUGCCCAGUCCGGAGCUCGGUCGUUCGCCGCCUUUGCUUGCCUGCCAUUUGACGGAUUCCAUCCCACCAACACAGCACGCAUACCAAAAUCGCCUCCUGCCAUCCCGGGCUUUCUUCACCUACCCAACGAACUGAAUUUGAUCACAAGCUAUUUAACAGUUUUGAUCACCAAUUUAGUCCAAUCGGGCCAUAUUUCCCACUACCUCACGAAACCUCGCGGACUGUUGACGUCCCCCCCCCCCUCUCGACACCACCACCAUCACCACUUUGCCUGCCCACCUUCUUGUGCCGAGCAUAGAGCGCCAAUAUCGCACAAUGGCUUCCAGGAAUAGGCCGAGGCCAAUACGAAGACCCCUGAUCAACAAGGACGCCGGUGGGUUUGAUCAAUGCUGGGCAACCCUCCAGAGUGCCAUGACCGACAUACACAACAAAAAUGCGAGCAAGCUUUCCUUCGAAAACCUCUACCGAGCCUCAUACAAGAUUACACUGGUCAAGCGCGGCGAGGAGCUCUUUGAAAAGGUUAAAGAAUUCGAGACGGAAUGGUUCCACAAGCACAUCAUUCCCGGUGUCGACGAGCUGGUUAGGAACAAUUUACCGAGCAUCGCCUUGAUACAAUUGGCCACGUCAAGCUCCCACGAACGCCGCGAGGCUGGUGAGAGACUUCUUCGCGGAAUUCGCAAGAUUUGGGAGGACCAUAACACAUCAAUGAAUCUGAUCGCGGAUAUGCUGAUGUACCUGGAGAGGUCCUGUGUGGAAACCAAGCAAGCAUCAGUAUACGCAACAACGAUCGGCCUUUUCCGAGAUCAUAUCCUCAAGUAUGGCCUAAAGGAUGUUGACGGGUCGGAUCAGCCAUUCAUCAUUAUGGACGUGGUCACUGCUGUCGUUCUCGACCUCAUCAAUAUGGAUAGAGAUGGGGAUAUCGUCGACCGCAACCUUCUGCGUGACAUAACCGGCAUGCUAGAGCAGUUGUAUGAGACGGACGAAGAGAAGGAAAACGAGAAGCUGUACACGACAAUAUUCGAGCCACGCUUCCUUGCCGCCAGCGAGGUCUUCUACAAAGCCGAAUGUGAGAAGUUGCUCCGAGAGUCCGACGCCGGUUCGUGGUUGCGCCACACACGACGACGCCUGCUCGAAGAAGAAGAGAGGUGUGUUACUUCGAUUUCGAAUUCCACAAAAGACAAUAUCGCAGCGGUCUUGGAAAAAGAGUUGAUACUGGCCAAGAUGGAUGAAUUCCUGGCGAUGGAAGGGAGCGGGUUGAAGGCGAUGGUGGACAAUGACCGAGAAGAAGACCUUGGAAUCCUGUAUCAGCUGAUUUCAAGGAUCGACAAAUCGAAGAAUACCCUCAAAACGAGUUUGAUGGGCCGGGUCAUGGAACUGGGCCUUGAAAUUGAGCAGACACUCAAGAACACAGACUUCUCUGCACCAGCAGCGGCCGGUGCUGCUGGGGAGGGCGAGGAGGGGGCCGAGGGGGCCGACAAACCAAAGGCUUUGAGUCCAGUCGCACAGCAAACAGCCGCUGCCAUCAAAUGGGUUGACGACGUCCUCAAGCUCAAGGGCAAGUUUGACUCGAUGCUGGAAAAUUGUUUCAGCAACGAUCUUAUCAUCCAGUCGGCUAUUACGAAGAGCUUUGCAGACUUCAUCAACAUGUUUGAUCGAGGUGCCGAGUUUGUCUCGCUGUUCAUUGACGAUAGUCUCAAACGAGGGUUGAAAGGCAAAUCUGACGAGGAUGCGGAGGUUGUUCUACAAAAGGCCAUUAUUCUGGUCAGGUAUCUUUCGGACCGUGACUUAUUCGAGCGCUACUAUCAAAAGCACCUAGGUCGCAGGUUACUGCACAACAAAUCCGAAAUCCACAUCGAAAAGGAGCUCGUCCGACGAAUGCGGGCUGAGUUGGGCAAUCAUUUCACUGCCAAAUUCGAAGGCAUGUUCAAGGAUAUGGAGCUCUCCAAAGAUCUGUCAACCAACUACAAGGACCACAUUCGCAAUCUUGGGGACGAUGAUAGGAAGUCUACUGAACUUGCUAUUCAUGUUCUCACCACAAACUUCUGGCCUACUGAUGUCAUGGGGCGCGGUGUCCUCCAAGAUGGCGAUGCAUCGCGGUCGGACUGUAUCUUCCCACCAUCUAUCAAACGACUGCAAGAGAGUUUCUACAAAUUCUACUGCCAGGAUCGCAGCGGGAGAGUUCUCACCUGGGUACCUUCCACCGGCAGCGCAGACAUCAAAUGUUUCUUUCCCAAGGUUCCUGGCAAAGAGUCUGGGCCGUUGAGCAAAGACAGGCGCUAUGAGCUCAAUGUCUCCACUUACGGAAUGAUUGUUCUCAUGCUUUUCAACGAUCUGGCCAAUGACGAGAGUCUCAGCUUCGAAGAAAUCCAGCUGAAGACGAACAUUCCCAUCCCGGAUCUGACCAAAACCUUGACUUCACUCUCGGUUCCGCCAAAAUUCAGGGUUCUCGCCAAGGAGCCUCUGACAAAGUCCGUGAAGCCCACAGACAAGUUUUCUUUCAAUGCUCAGUUCGUCAGCAAGCAAAUCAAGAUCAGGGUGCCUGUUAUCAGCAGCACAUCCAAGGUUGAGGGCACGGAGGAGCGCAAGGAGACGGAGAGGAAGAACGAUCAGACGCGGGCUCACGUUGUGGAUGCUGCUAUUGUCAGAAUCAUGAAACAACGCAAGGAGCUCAGCCAUACUCAGCUCACAACCGAGGUCAUCAGCCAGCUCUCUGGUCGGUUCAAGCCUGAGAUUUCUCUCAUUAAGAAGCGGAUCGAGGACUUGCUUGCGCGAGAAUACUUGGAGCGGAUGGAGGGCGAUACGGCUGCCUAUCGCUAUCUGGCGUGAAGCCGCCACACAAAACAUGGCUGGGACUUGUAUGAACAUGCAUCUUCUUUCGCGUUUACACAUCUUUCGGCGUUGAAGGCCCGGGAAGGCAUGCAUGGACUGGCUUGGGACUGGGACGGAAGCGUAAGCAUUGGACUUUUUGCGAUAUCACUGGGUUAUGACGCGUGUGGUUGUAUGGGGUCUCCGUGGCUACUUUCUUGGUUGCUGAGGCCGUAUUGUAGUACAUACUUAAACAGAAGCAAUGUCACACACAGCCUCAGAACGAUAGUGUCAAUACCAUCUUUGCCUAGACACGGAUGACACGUUAUAAUCGCGGACCAUUUUUC